UACCUGCCAGGAGGUACAGGGGGGAGAAAGAGCCAAAGUCGAGAAUCAAAGGAAGAGAGGAAAGUAGGACCAAGACGCUGAGAAGCUGGAAAUGAAACUGGAACAUUGGUGGAAUUACGAGGAAGGCGUGGCAGGAGAGCGGCAAGCCAACCGGGAAGAGCAGCAGGCCGAUGAGACCCAAGUAGGGUGCUCGCGGGAGAAGGACGAAAAUGAAAGGGGUGACGGGGUGAAGAGCGGCCGAGGCUUUGAUGACAGCUCGGAGUGGGUCUUCGACUCGCAGGGGCCCGAGAGACCCGGGAACCUUCCAUUGUGCGCGCCCCUCCACCCCACUCCACUCCACUCCCCACUCCCCUCACCUCCUCCCCUCCCCCCCCGCCCGAGCCCUCGCAGCUCCGGGCCGCAGCACCCGUCGUCGCCUGUUCCCCCCCUUUGCCCGAGGUAGGAGACAAUAUGCUCAGCCCUCCUCCGACCCUUUCUCACCGGAUGAAGAUCGCCGUCGCCCGGCCUUCCCCUUGUCCAUCUUCUCCUCCUCCUGCUGGAAUCGCAGUCGCUGUCACCUCAAGACCCCUCAGGCUGGGGAAGCAGAGCGCUCCAGAGGCAAAAUGAUACUGGAAUGUUCCAACAGUUUAACAUCCGCUCGUCCUCCCCCAUUUUACCAAGGCCGGUAAAGGGACUCGUCCAGCUCAUUACCAGAGCCCAGUGGUUACCAGUGACUCAGGAACUGAGCUUCCGAAAAUUUAUCGAACAAUCUGAUUUACUAGAGGAACUUAAAUAUGACUUCAAUGAAAAAGCUGAAUUGAGACACACUGAGACACAUAGGCCUUUUGUCUUUAACUAUUAUAAAAAUGUCCUGGAGAGGAAUAGCAAGCGCUACCAGGCCCUUGGCCAUUUGCUUGAACAAUACAUUUAUGAACUUUUGGAAAAAGUGUGCAAAUUACAAAAAGUAUAUAUCCCACCAGAGGCUGAUAAGGAACCAAGAAGCUUCUUUUUCAUGAGUGAGAGAGCAUUAACAAAUCAUCAUUCUGCUCUUCUUGUCCUUCUUCAAGACCGUGGGGUCUUUAGAGCUGGUCAGUGGAGUCAGCAGGCAGUAAUACAUCAUGGUCUCCAACAUGGAAGUCAGAUACCAUGUAUUCAAAUGGCAUUGCAGGCACAUUAUGAUGUAAUUGUGCUAAACCCCAAUGACAAUUUUGUGGACCUACAGACAGAAAAAGAGUGGAAAGGCCUUUUAACACAAAAUGUUGAGUCCUCUUCCAGAAAAAUGGUUCAGACUGAGAACUUUUUAUCUCUCCAGCAGUCUCUCCAAUGUAUUCCAAAAAGAUGCAGCAACACUCCUGAAGAACACAUGGCUUAUAUUUGGGAUUACUUCAUUUCAAAGGCUGAAGGCAAGGAUGUUGCCUUCAUUGUACAUGGUUAUGGAGGCUUGGUUUUUAUGGACUUGCUUGUUCGUAGAAAGUGGGAAGUAAUGAGCAAAGUAUAUGCUGUUGCACUUAUUGACUCUGAACAUCACGUGGGACACCAGCUGGGGAGUGACAUCCAGUUAUUAGCAUGGAUAAAGCACCACUGCCGUGAAUGGGUGACAAGUCCAAAGCCUUUGGAUAAACCUGCAGCUACUGUUUUGAAAAAGGAGUUUCCCAUGGUUUCUGCUGGUACAGAAAAACACAACUUAGCCCCAUCCUCUAGCCUUCAGUCAAUUUUUAAAUACUUUAGAAAAGCUUUGAAAGCCAAAGCAGCUAUUAAUUUCUCUCGAGUGCCCAUAGUAACUAGAAGCUCCACAAAAAGAAAGCAAAGUGCUUAAGUUACUUUUUUGCCAUCUAAUAUUGUUUUGUCUCACUGAAACUUUGCUAAUGUAGAUGCUAGAAGAAAAAGAAUACUUCUAACUCAUAGGCAGUAUGUUCUGGCUUGAAAUUUGAUUUGUUAACUUUUUUAAAAAGUGAGUAUGUUCUCUUCAGUAGCCUACUGAUGAACCAGGAAGUCAGUCAGUACUAUCAUUAAUAUUUUACAGUAUUAGUCAAAUUAAGAGUAGUCUAGUUAGAGGAUCUUCUUUUGAAAAGAUUUCUCAGUUUCAUAGAAUGACACCAAAACUGUAGUUGAUAGAAAUUAAAGACUAAGUCAAUCUUUGACUUCUGCAUCAUUAAUGCUAUAUU